AUGUCCACUUGUGGUAUCCUCCUGACUCCUGGCAGUCUGUCUGCGCUGCCUCGCGAGGAAGAUCUCACGGUCAAUUCCGGUGAUCGCGGCCUGGCCGAGGGUUGGGUCCCAACUGCAGGACUGCAGGACUUCAGGACUGCGGGAAUGAAAAGUGGGUCUGCCCGUUCGGCCCCUGGCGAUAUCCACUUGGCCAUGGGUCCUCCCGUCUUUGGGGGGAGGGCGCUGUUGGCGUGGGCGGCAUUGCAGGUAGCACCAUAA